AGGCCACAAGAGAUGGUAGUGUUGUAGACCAUCCCAUUUUUUUGAGCCAUAAAUAUCAGCUUGUUAGCCAAGAAACUCAUUUCAUUAGAAUAUUCUCCUUCUCUGCAUUUCUCCAAAAAGGUGAGACAACUGCUUGGAGUGAAGGUUAUAUAUUUCCAUGAUCAUAAAUGAAAAGUAACAACAGAUCCAUAAUACAGUUGAACUGAACUAUUUAAUUGAUAUUUGAUGAUGGAAUUAUUAAAUAGAAUUGUCUUACAUAGAAACUUUCAUUUACAAAUUUAUAAAACAAAAAUCAGACAUGCUAGUAAUUGGUGGGAGAAUUAAAGUCAGUACUUUUGAUUCUAAUUUUGAUAAGAGAUUUUUCUCUUAUCUAUAAAAUCUACCAAGGUACUCUUGUGCUUCAUUAUUCUAAACAGAUGAUGAAAGUAUUUUUUUAAAUAUAUUUUAUAAUUAAUAUUUAUUUUUCUUCCUUCUGUAGCAAAGGUGAAAACACUAUGGAAAAUCGAUCCACUUUUACCACAUUCACUCUGAAUGGCUACUAUGUAAUGGACCAACAGAAGCAUUUCUUUUUUAUUAUUUUUCUCCUACUCUAUGCUACAAUUGUUAUCCUAAACUCACUUCUCAUUGCUGUGAUCUAUUUUGAAAGAACACUGCAUAAUCCAAUGUAUAUCUUUGUAUGCAAUCUGUCAUGUAAUGGCAUCUAUGGCAGCACAAGCUUGAUUCCUCAUCUGUUAUUUAAUCUCACUAUUGAGGAGCAUAAGAUAUCUUUAACAAAUUGUUUCAUACAAAUAUACUGUUUACACACUUAUAAUAUCAUUGAACUAACUAUAUUGGCCUUAAUGAGCUAUGAUCGUUAUGUUGCUAUUUGUUACCCACUUCACUAUCAUUAUAUGAUGUCGACAAAAAAGUUGCAGGCAUUUAUAUUUUUUGCAUGGUCUUAUCCAUUAGUUACUUUUCUGAUAUAUGAGUCAUUCACGAUGCGCUUAAACUUUUGCAGAGAAAUUAUAGAUAAAACACACUGUGUCAAUUUUGAACUCAUAAAACUAUCUUGCACAGACAUCACUAUCCACAGCCUAAUUGGACUUGGUCUAAUGGCUGUUUACAUGAUUCCACAGGUUCUAAUAAUUUUAUUCUCUUAUGCAUUGAUUUUGCGUGUUUGCAUCUAUUCUUCUAAGGAAUGCCAAACCAAAGCCCUCCAAACAUGUACGCCUCAUCUUCUUACUGUUUUGAAUUAUUUUGUUGCAGUAUUUUUUGAAAUAGUACAAAGUCGGCUAAAUUCAAGGUAUUUGUCUUACGAUUUCCGAAAUUUCAUGUCUUUAUAUUUUAUGAUAUUUCCUCCUCUGUUAAAUCCAGUUAUCUAUGGCAUGAGUGGUCAGGUUAUAAAGAAACAUAUUCUGAAUUUUUUCUUUGUUAAAAAAGUUAAGCCUUAAGAAAUUGAGAUUUGUCUGGUUUUGUAUCUUAUUUUUCCAUUAUGUUUCUUCUACUGUUUAUGGAUAUCCAAGUAAAAAUGACUUUAAUUUAAUUAACUCGCAAAUGCGUUGCUUCUAAGAUCUACUUUUAAUAUUAACCUUUUAGGCCAGUUUUGACAUUUUUGCAUGUUAUUGCCUGUGAAAUACUUCAGAUGCAUUUUUGUUAAACCUGAUGUUUAACUGAGCUCUAGUAGAAUUAAAUUUGUUUGAAUUGUCAUUUAUUUCCUUUCACAUAUUUAGCUGUUCUUUGUGUUUCUUGAUAUAUUAUUUUAUUUAUUCUCUUUUUUGUUUGACAAUUAACUCAUCUACAGGGCACAAGGAAUGUUUAGGUUGACCAAAUUGAUGUUAUAUUUUUCUGGUGCCUUUUAGUGGCCCAACAUCUUUUUAAGACAUUAUUUUACUUGCCAUCUAUCAUCUCUUUAUACCUGUGUUCAUUUGUAGUUGUGUUUAGUAUCAACAUUACAAUAAAAAAGAGAAGCUUGUGAGUAGCAAAUGUUAGUACAAUUGCAGUGUUCAUGUUAUGGACCACACAGAACUACACUAUAUAACAUAUGUUUUGUCCACACCUGACUGUCACUUCUUUACCUUUCCCUAAACGUCACAUUUCAAAACAUUUAAUAUGGACUUUGUCCACCACUUGCUGAUCUGACAGUGAGGCAGCCAUGUCAGCCUCUAGAGGGAGCUCUGUGCUGGAGACUCAUCAUGAAAUGAUGCUUGGAGUUCUGCAUUUGGAAGCCAUCCUGUCAGCCUCUAGAGAGAGCUCUGUGAUGAAGGUUGUCCUGUCAUUUUCAUCUUCACAUGGGGCUAGGAACUCUUUGCAUUUGAGGCCACUCCAGUAGCCCGAGCAAGUUCUUGAGUGUUGGAGGCUACCCUGCCCAUCCCUGGAGGGAUUCUCGUGGCAGAGAAUCAUGAAAAUAAUCA